AUGAAGGCGAAGCUCUACCACGAGCUCCUGCAGGCGGCCGACCUCAAGGGCGCCGCGGUGGGCAAGCGCGACGCCGUCCACAACCUCGCCAUGGCCAACCAGGCCGCCGCCCACUUCCGCUGGCGAGCCUCGUCCGACAAGGCGGUCGGCGCCGUGGACAUGGACCGGAAGGCGUUCCGGCCGGUCGGCGUGCGCUCGAAUCGGCGCUACGCGGGGCCGCUGCGCCACUGA